AUGGGAGAGGCAGAACCAGGUUCCACUGAGUUGCUGCGGCAGCCACUGUUGAAGGAAGCGCUUCCCCCCCUGCUGCAGGAGCUGCUGGACGAUGCCGGGCUUUGCGAUGGCAGCAUGCCAUUCUCCGGGGACACGGCCUUUGUGAACUUCUUGGCGUCAAAGAUCCUUUGCGCCAACAAGAUCAGAGAGCUCACUGGGCUCGUCUCGCGCACAGCCCUGGAAGCACCAGCAUCCAAUUUGCUAGCCCUUCUGGAGCGGCAGCGUGCGGUGAAGAAGGCGCUGGAGGACCUCGCCGUUUGGCUCCAGGCGCUGGAGGCCCAGAAGGUGGAGGCCUGUGCCGGCAAGGUGUUGGCUCCCAGAUUCGUGCGCGUGGUGCGGCGACUGGAUCUUUCAGACAAGGAGCGCCGCGCUUUCGAGCACGUGUUGGUGCUGCAGUGCGUCCCAGAGAAAGUCCGGGAGCUGAAGGGAUACUUGGAGAUGACAGCCUACGCGAAGCUGGGUCCCAGCGAGCUGCUCCACUUCGCUUCCAAGAGUCGGCUCCACAUGAAGCAAGGCAUCAUCUCGGAGGUGUCCGUGUGCUUUGUAAACACAGAUCAGGUGGAGAGGCCCCUGGAGGACGAGGUCCUGGGCCAGGCCCUGCUGAGCCCGCAGGCCGCCAAGGCCCUCACGGGCGCCGACCUCUCCGCCACGGAGCUUCUGAAAGUCGACGACGGGGCUUUGGCUGAAGCCUUGCGCGAGGAAGGCGUGACUAGAGAGGAGGCGGAGCUGGAGGCGCGGGAGGCCGACUCGAAGAAGCGGAAGUCCGAGGCGGCUCCGGAGCCGGAGAAGAGUGCCCGCAAGGAGCCCCAAGACCUUCAAGGGCAGGAGGACGCCAGGAUGUCCUUCAGCCACUUCCCAGAGGGUGAGGACCUCUUUGACAUCAUCAGCUCUGAGCGUCGCCGGGAUGAGAAGCGGAUGCAAGCCAUGGGCGAGCUCCAGGCUGAAGGCAGAGCCACGCGCGAAGAGGAGGAAGAGCAGGAAGAUGGGAAACUCACGCCCUACAAAACCGACCUGGACUACCUGGUGGAUGCAGUUGAGCUGAUCUCCAGGAAGGGGCGGCUUUAUCAGGUGAAGCAGAAGCUCGAGGACAAAAAGAGCUCCAAUGACGGCGAAGAUGAUCACGAGGACAACUUCCAGCCCCAGCAUUGUUGGCCACGACGGCAUGACGCCUCACGCGAGCGGAGACGGGCUCGGGAGUUUGAGGGCCAGGUGAAGCAGAUGAGCCGGAAGAUUCAGGAGCGGCUGCGCCUCACACGGGAGGCCGCACCAUGGAUCCCGCGCCUGGAACGCAUUCUUUGCUCGAGGCAGAUGAAUGAGUUUGAGAAGGAGGUUGUUGUCCUCUUGGUUGGCUUGAUUCUCCUCCCGCAUCGUUUUCACAUACCUGGCCCUGGCGUUUACCACUGUAGAGGGGAGCCGAUCGAAGUGGCUACGAUCCUUGCGCUGCUCUCACCAGACUUGGCAAGCCAGAUUGCCAACCGCAAGGCCUUCUACAAGGACUCCGUCCUGGUAAGGGACCACAUUAUCCACGUGAGCACCAAGGGGGUCCAUGGGGACUUGUCUUCGUGCCCAGUGGAAAUUGACCGGCGAAUGGUGGACUUCAUCGUGGGAUUAGACAGUGAGGUGCACCAGUUGGUUGAUGGCAGCCACCUCUACCUGCCACAAACCAAAAUGGAGUCGGUGGUUUUACCAGAGGAGACGAAGGCCCUGAUAACGCGAACGGUCCAGAGCUUGUCGUUGUUCAGGAAGAGCAAGCUGCAGUUUAAGCUGGAUGAGACUAUCUCCUCUAGCGGUUUAGUGAUGCUUUUCUACGGCGAUUCGGGCACCGGGAAGACCAUGACUGCCAAUGCCAUUGCAAGUUUGCUGGGGAAGAAGCUGCUGCUCAUCAACUUUCCCUCGCUUGGGGGAGAACAGGCCGCCAGCUUCAUUCGCAUGAUUUUCCGGGAGUCAAAGAUCAACGAUGCAGUACUUUUCUUUGACGAGUGCGAGUCUAUCUUUGAGUCCCGGGACCGGUCUACCCAACGGGAUGUGAACAUGCUACUGACAGAGCUUGAACGUCAUGAUGGCAUGAUCAUCCUGGCGACCAACCGGCCCUUCGACUUGGAUGAAGCGAUGCAUCGGCGCAUCACGCUGGCGAUCGAGUUCCAGAAACCCGAUCACGUCCUGCGUCGGCACAUUUGGAAAUCAUUGAUCCCAGCAAACCUACCUUUGGUGGAUGUGGAUUUGGCGGCUUUGGCGAUGCGGUACGAGCUCUCUGGUGGCUUCAUCAAGAAUGCCAUUCUGACAGCUCUGAGCAUUGCUUGCGCCCGGGUGCAGGACAACUCUGGCACAGUACCUGACGUGAAGAUCACGCAGGAGGACUUGGCCAAGGGCGCGCAGCUGCAGCUCCGGGGGCGCUUGGCCAUGCGCAGCUUCGAGCGCCGCAUCGUGCCCCGCAGUGGCCUCGAGUGCCUAGUUUGCGGCCCAUCAUUGCGGCGGAAGCUGCAAGAGGUGAUCGACUUUGAGAAGUCGAAGACGGUGCUGUAUGGGCAGUGGGGCUUCGGUGGGAGGACCGCCUUCAGCGGGGGCCAGCCAGAGAUUGGAUCCUGCGUGCUUUUCUACGGGCCCCCAGGCACUGGGAAGUCCCUGGCAGCGCAGGCCAUCGGCUUCGAGGUGGGUCGGGCCUUGAAAGUGGUCAACUCUGCGAACAUUGUGGACAAGUAUGUGGGGGAAACCGGCAAGAACAUCGAGAAGGUGUUCGCUGAGGCCCGGGCCAUGGAGGCGAUCCUCGUGUUUGACGAGGCGGAGGGCCUCUUCGGGCGACGGAACGCGGAGGCCGCCAGCAGCGUGGACAAGCACGCAAACCUGGACUCCGGCCUGCUGCUGUACUGGCUGGAGCACUAUCCAGGCCUUUGCAUUCUUACGACGAAUGCAAGAGAUGCCAUCGAUUCUGCUUUCUUCCGCCGCUUCCGCUUCAUGGUGGAGUUCCCGCAGCCUGACCGGGCCACACGUGCCAAGCUCUGGGAGUCUAGCCUGCCAAAGCAAGCCCCCCGCGCGCCGGACGUGGACUUCCAGGCCCUGGCGUCGGAGUUCGAGAAGUUCUCGGGGGGAGACAUCCAGAAUGCCGUCAUCCGCGCUGCAUCACGGGCGGCCUUGCGGCCAGAUGACGGCAAGCGAUGGAUUUGCAUGGCAGAUCUCAGAGAGGCUGCUCGCACUGAGAGGAGCAAGGCAGAUGAGUCCCUGCAGAGACUCUACGUGUGA